UGAGUGGGCCGGACGGGGGCGAGGUGCGGCGCUCCGGGGAGCCGAGUGGGGCUGCGCGAAGGAGCCUAGUGGUGCCGCCGCCGCCGCCGCCGCCACUUCACUGGGGGGGAAAAAAAGCGGCUGUCUGUCUUCCGUGCCCGGAAUCCCAGUCAGGAGUUCCAGCCUGCCGCUGUUCUCUGAUGCCAUGCCAGCACCGACGCAACUGUUUUUCCCUCUCAUCCGUAACUGUGAACUGAGCAGAAUCUAUGGCACUGCAUGUUACUGCCAUCACAAACAUCUCUGCUGUUCACCGCCCUACGUUCCUCAGAGUCGCCUGAGAUACACACCCCAUCCAGCAUAUGCUACCUUUUGUAGGCCAAAGGAGAGCUGGUGGCAGUAUACCCAAGGAAGGAGAUAUGCUUCUACACCACAGAAGUUUUACCUCACACCUCCACAAGUCAACAGCAUCCUUAAAGCUAAUGAAUACAGUUUCAAAGUGCCAGAAUUUGAUGGCAAAAAUGUCAGUUCCAUCCUUGGAUUCGAUAGCAAUCAGCUACCUGCAAAUGCCCCCAUUGAGGACCGGAGAAGCGCAGCAACCUGCUUGCAGACCAGAGGGAUGCUUUUGGGGGUGUUCGAUGGCCACGCGGGCUGUGCUUGUUCCCAGGCAGUGAGUGAAAGACUCUUUUAUUAUAUUGCUGUCUCUUUGUUACCCCAUGAGACUUUGCUAGAGAUUGAAAAUGCAGUGGAGAGUGGUCGUGCACUGCUGCCCAUCCUUCAGUGGCACAAGCAUCCCAACGAUUAUUUCAGUAAGGAGGCAUCGAAAUUGUACUUUAACAGCCUGAGGACUUACUGGCAAGAGCUUAUAGACCUCAACACUGGAGAGUCAAGUGAUAUUGAUGUGAAGGAGGCUUUAAUUAAUGCUUUCAAGAGACUUGAUAAUGACAUCUCCUUGGAGGCUCAAGUUGGUGAUCCUAAUUCUUUUCUCAAUUACCUGGUGCUUCGGGUGGCAUUUUCUGGGGCCACUGCUUGUGUGGCCCAUGUGGAUGGUGUUGACCUUCAUGUGGCCAAUACUGGGGAUAGCAGAGCCAUGUUGGGUGUGCAGGAAGAGGAUGGCUCUUGGUCAGCAGUCACACUUUCUAAUGACCACAAUGCUCAGAAUGAAAGAGAAAUAGAACGACUGAAACUGGAACACCCAAAGAAUGAGGCCAAGAGUGUAGUGAAACAGGAUCGGCUGCUCGGCUUGCUGAUGCCUUUUAGGGCUUUUGGAGAUGUAAAGUUCAAAUGGAGCAUUGACCUUCAAAAGAGAGUGAUAGAAUCUGGCCCAGACCAGUUGAAUGACAAUGAAUACACCAAGUUUAUCCCUCCUAAUUACCACACACCUCCUUAUCUCACUGCUGAGCCAGAGGUAACUUACCACCGAUUAAGGCCACAGGACAAAUUUCUGGUGUUGGCUACUGAUGGGUUGUGGGAGACUAUGCAUAGGCAGGAUGUGGUUAGGAUUGUGGGUGAGUACUUAACGGGUAUGCAUCACCAACAGCCGAUAGCUGUUGGUGGCUACAAGGUAACUUUGGGACAGAUGCAUGGCCUUUUAACAGAAAGGAGAGCCAAGAUGUCCUCAGUAUUUGAGGAUCAGAAUGCAGCAACCCAUCUCAUUCGCCAUGCUGUGGGCAACAACGAGUUUGGGACUGUUGAUCAUGAGCGUCUUUCCAAAAUGCUUAGUCUUCCUGAAGAGCUUGCUCGGAUGUACAGAGAUGAUAUUACAAUCAUUGUAGUUCAGUUCAAUUCUCAUGUUGUAGGGGCAUAUCAAAACCAGGAAUAGUGAGUGGACCUUAUCCUGACAAUUCUCCAAUUUAAAGGGCAGAUAGAAUUUUUCAGUGUACCAAUAUAGUAUACCUUUCCAGUGGGUCAUUGUAAGCAUUUACCCAUUUGAUACUCUAGGUAGUCAAGUAUUCCCAAUUGACUGCAGCAGGUUACAUGAUCAUCUCUUCUGCCUAGACAGACUUACUGCACUUGAAGCAAGUCAGUUUCUUAUUGCAAAUGUCCUGAGACAUUAUUCUUUUACCAACCUGAGAAUAUCAGAUUAUCUGACAGACAUGAUCUCAAGCAAUCAAAAAGCAAAGAUCUUGCGGGAUUCUCUUCUUGGUAAAAAGUGGGAAUACUUAUGGUUCACUCCUGCACACUCUUUACCAAGAUCCUGAUGUACACAAGAAUAUUUGUUUAUUGCAUGAUUUUCUAGAUUUACAAUCUAUGCAUUAUUCACAUGUAUUUAUUUUAGCAGAAGUGAUUUUCAGAUCCAGUACUUUAAGCCAUAAGUGACUCUAAACCAAGCAAUCUGUAUUUGUAAAGUUUUUAUGAUUAUAGGACAAGAAUGCUUUCUUAAAUGGAAAAACUAUUCUCCCUUUCCACUCCAGAUUUUCUUAAUGUAAUUGGAAUAUAUUUUGCUUUGCCACACACUGGAAGACAACAAAGGUGAUUUAUCAGUUAUCUCCUAUACAAUGUAAAAAAAAAAGAUUGUUUUAUUUUUGGUUUAUAGUAAGAAAAACUUCAAAAUAAAGAUAUCCAGAAUAAAACGAAGAGACUGAUAUGUUCAAUCAUUGUCAUCUGUAGCCACCAGCAUGUCAGUCUUAUAUAACCCAAGGUUUGGCAUGCUGUAAGUGUGUGGUGGACAGACUGCUGCCAGGAAAUCAUUGUCUUAUUUAGUAGUGAUAAGAUUUCAUCAAAUUUCAAAUCUUAAGGAUGACAUUCAUUAAAUAAGUUUAUCAGUUUGAGUAGUAAGGUGUCAUAUUGCCAUCUAGUAUUGAGAUAAAGGAAGAAAUUUUUGUUUUUCCCUACUUCACUAUAGGUCAGUUAAAACAAUUUGGUUGAAAAUUACUAAAGCCUUUAAAAUAUAUUUAUAGCUUAAGAUAUAUGUGUUAAGAUGUAUACAUGAGAAAAUUUAAAAGGUAACUAUUGUGCAUGCCUGAUAAAGUAGAACACUUAGCAUCAAGUGUUGUUUGCAGCAGUCUCUAUAAUUAUGUGCAGUCCCUUCUAAUAUUGUAUCAAAAUAAAUGAAAAUAAAUAUA